CUCCCAUGUCCCUGUCACUACUACCUGGACACCCCCUUCUGUUGUGGGACCACAUUCCCAUCCUCCUUUAGUCUCUCCCCUCGUCUCCUGUCCUCCUUCCGUUAUACCGCAUCACUCUUGGACAAAAACACCUACUCUGUCUCUCUGUUCAGUGCAAUUGGAUACACCCAAGGUGACUGGGAAAUCUGCAGCUGAACGCGAACCUCGCCCCGCUCCCGAACCUCGCCCCGCUCCCGAACCUCGCCCCGCUCCCGAACCUCGCCUCGCCCCCGAACCUGUUCCUGUGCCCGAACUUGCGCCACCCAGGCAGAGCCCUGAUACCCCCAAACCAUGUUCUGUUCAACCAGAUCUACACCUCGCUCCUUUGGCCCACCAAAGUAUUGAACGCUCCCAUGUCCCUGUCACUACUACCUGGACACCCCCUUCUGUUGUGGGACCACAUUCCCAUCCUCCUUUAGUCUCUCCCCUCGUCUCCUGUCCUCCUUCCGUUAUUCCGCAUCACUCUUGGACAAAAACACCUAUGGUGUCUCUCUGUUCGGUGCAAUUGGACACAGCCAAGGUGACUGGGAACUCUGCAGCUAAACGCGAACUUUGGCCCGCGCCCGAACUUGCGCCACCCAGGCAGAACCCUGAUACCCCCAAACCAUGUUCUGUUCAACCAGAUCUACACCUCGUUCCUUUGGCCCACCAAAGUAUUGAACGUUCCCAUGUCCCUGUCACUACUACCUGCACACCCCCUUCUGUUGUGGGACCACAUUCCCAUCCUCCUUUAGUCUCUCCCUUUCACCUCGUCCCUUGUCCUCCUUCCGUUAUUCCACAUCACUCUUGGACAAAAACACCUAUGGUGUCUCUCUGUUCGGUGCAGUUGGACACAGCCAAGGUGACUGGGAACUCUGCGGCUCCCUGUGGUGUGGCCCCGGCCUCCCCCUUAAUGCUGACGUCCAGGACGUUACCCAUGCCACUCCUUCUUACCUCUCUUGUCAAUGUCAUGGUACCCAUGGCUCCCCAUGCAAUUGGAUUGGUGCAAAAUGUAAAAGCCAACCUUGAAAAGGGAAAGACAUUUCAUGCAGCUGCAACGCAACCUAAGCAUCAAGCCGCACAUGCAUUUAGCCAGAUCACCACACCUCAGAGUCUGAGGUCUGCCGACACACCAGCCAUCUGUGUAGGCUCAGCUCAGACCGUCCUCAAGCUGUCUCUAGGCGACCCCUACAGUGCGCUAUCUGUGAAAGCGCUCGCAGAUUCUCCCUGCGAGAGGCUGCCCAAAGCCGUCGGCUCGCCAGAAGCCAAGCAAGUUCUCCCGGCCUCUGAGAACGAACCGACCUCCACAGUAAUGGAGGCAGACAUGCCUUUGGUCACUGAGGAUUCGGUUACUGAGGGUACAGCCAGCAGCCAACCUUUUAGCACAGAUGAGAGACUGGCUACUCAGGUCACUGCACCCAUGAGCACAGACAUUGGGACAGUAACUAUGGUCACUGCAGACAAUAACACGGGUGUUGGAAAUGCAGUUAUAGCAGCCACGGUCACUGGGGCAGACAGUGAGACAGCUGUGCUCAUUGAACACCCUACCAUCAUGACUGCAGAAAGCAGAAACAAAAUUGUAGCGUCUCAGGAACUGACCACAGAUAGUGGUAACAGGGCAACUGUUACACUCAUUGAUAUGCCUGUAGCUAAUACCACAGCUGGGAUAAGCACCACUGAACUGACUACAGACGUGAGCUCAGUAGGCGUGAACAUGCCUGUCGAUGGAGAAGCAACUGAAGCAAACCGCUCCGCUGUACUUGCAGAGCCUGACAUUACCACAGGUCAGCACCUUUCCCAGGCAAAUGGACAGAUUCAGAUCACAGCUUCUGCUUGUGGCCAAAUUCCUAGCCCAACUGUAAGUGGAGAAUGCAAGCCGAACCAGAACUUUACAAUUUCAUCAGAUCCCUCCACGUCGCCUUCAAGUUUCCGAGAGGCUCCGGAAGGACGCAUGGUGACCUCCCCUCAGGCAGACUCCUUAAGUCCUGGGCUGGGUCAACAGAAGAUGUCUGAGGGAGUCACCAGUUUGAAGGACGCCAAAGUAGGGUCCCCCCCAAGCUCCACCCAGGUUAAAUUAGAAGACGAGAGUUUCAUGUGUCCGCUUGAGGGGGAGGAUGACAGUGGGGAGACCAACCUGGAUAGUGGCAGGAUCCAUGCUUACAGUGAGCCGGUGGACAGGUGCUUGCUGCCUUGUGUCUCCUUGACUCGAAUCCCCAUCCCCAUCCCCCCUCCGGGUCGUCCUCUGCCCCGCUUCUAUGUUGUCCCAGGCACCAAAAAGAAUGAGAUCCUGCUGCAGAUAAUGGAGGAAAAGGGCCAGUUUUCUCUCUCUCUGGAUUCUGUCACUGUGUCCACUUGUCUGAGAGCCCCUCCUCCCCCUCCUGUGAAUGAUUGGGUGCGGUUUUGUGCCGUUUGCCGCGUCCCAGGGGCAGCAAUCGUUUGUUCAGUAUGCAGCUACAGCUUCCACAGGAAGUGUCACAUCCCGUCGGUCAACUCUGAAACAAGCAGCAGCCACUGGCAGUGCAUGCUGUGCAGGGACUUCUCGGAUGUGGGGGAUCAGUACUGCAGUAGUGUGGAUGGCUACCCAUCUCUAAGCCUCCUGGAGCAGAGGAGAUGUGAACAUGUGCUGCUUAUGCUGUUGUGUGAGACAUACAGCUCGGCCCUGUACCAGCCAGGAGAGUCAACAUCUAGCUACUCGCGUAGCAUCAGCAUCAUGAGCAUACAAGGCCGUCUGUCAUGGGAACUGAAACCUCCUUACCGCACACCCUCUCAGUUUGUGACUGAUGUCCGGCUCCUGUUUGGCAUCCUAAAAAGUUCAAAGGAAUCCAGCAAAAUCGCCAAGCUGCAGAGCUGUUUUGAGAAGACCCUUUUCAAAGUUUUUGGGAAGAGCAUGGACGACUUUCCAAAGUAUGCAUUCCGAAAGAAGCCAGAGGCUAAGAAAUGGGUAGAAGCGGCAAGCCCAAGAUACAGCGAGACACUGAAGAGGAUGAGAGAGUUCCUAAAGCAGAAUCCGUGUGAGCCACCCACGAAACGCCAUAAGGAUGGCUGCAACAGUUGACUGACGGGAAAAGUAUUUACCACAUUUCCUGUAAACUGACAUUUCCAUGUUUUAUUGUUUUACUUUAGUACAUUUUUACAAUAAAAGUGGUAUGUAUUUUAA